AUGACUGAUAUAUCACCAGUUCCAAAAGCUUUGAAGAAAGAUGAUGAUGGUCAAGAAACAACUAUCGAAUUAACAAACCUUACUGGAACAUCACAUCAAACCAAUAAUAAUAUUGCAAAAGGUUCAGGAUUUACUUUACAUACAAGAAAUACAGAAACUCAUUCAAAUGAUAGAGGCCUAACAGAAUCACAACCAACUAUUCAUGAAUUUGAAAGUACUGUUUCACUAUUAGAUGAAGACUUAGAAUUCCCUGAAGGUGGAUUAAAGGCUAAUCUAGUUGUUUUCGGUUCAUUUAUGGGUCUUGUCCCAGUUUUUGGAAUGGUUAAUUCAGCAGGUGCAAUUGAAGCAUAUGUUUCUUCACAUCAAUUAGCUAAUGUCGGGGCAAGUGCAGUAUCAUGGAUUUUCUCCAUUAAUGUGUUUAUUGCUUUUAGUUCUGGAGUUUUUUCUGGUUCAUUUUUCGAUAGAAAUGGUGCAAGAGCUCCAAUGUCAAUAGGUGCUGUUUUAUUUUCUGCAGGAUUAUUUGCCACUGGGAAUGCUAAAAAUGUUUAUCAAUUCGUUUUAGCAUUUGGGGUUGUUAAUGGUCUGGGGUUAGGAAUGAUGAUGAGUCCUCUUGUUGGUGUUGUAUCUCAUUAUUUUAAAAAAAAUAGAGCUACAGCGAUUAGUUGUGCAACUACUGGUGGUUCUAUAGGUGGUAUUGUUUUUCCUUUGAUCUUAAGAGCUUUAUAUCCUAAAGUUGGAUUUAAAUGGGCUUUAAGAAUCUUAUCAUUUAUAUGUUUAUUUUGUUUUGCAUUUUCUUUAACACUUGUUAAGGAAAGAUUAUCAAAUAAAAUUGAUGAUGAAGAAGAAGGGACACAAACAAGAUCCUCAAAACUUCGAAAAUUCAUAAAGAUCUAUUUAUUGGAUAUCUUUGAUUAUAAAUCAUUAUUAGAAGCAAAAUUUGCAUUUUGUACAUUAGCUGUUGCAUUAUCAGAAUCUUCACUUAUGGUUAUAAUCAUUAACUUCCCUUCAUAUGCAAUUAAAAGAGGGUUUAGUGAAAACACAUCAUAUUUAUUAAUCACAAUUGUUAAUACAACGGGUGUUUUAGGUCGUUAUAUUCCAGGUUAUAUGGCAGAUAAAUUCCUAGGUAGAUUUAACGUUGUCAUAUUAACAUUAAUUGGUUGUUUAUUAGUAAGUUUUAUUUUAUGGCUUCCAUUUGGUUAUAACUUAAAAAUCCUUUAUUCAUAUGCUGCACUAUACGGAUUCUGUUCAGGUUCAAUAUUAUCCCUAUCACCAGUAUGUUGUGGUCAAAUAUCAAGAACUGAUCAAUUUGGUAAAAGAUUUAGUACAAUGUAUUUAAUUGUCGCAUUGGUGAUGCUUAUUUGUAUCCCUAUAGGUGGUGCUGUUAUUGGUGAUGGAUCUAUUGAUCGUUAUAAUAAGAUGAUUAUUUAUGCGGGGAUGUUGAAUGUUGGUGGUAUAAUAUCUUAUUUUUUGUGUAGAUAUGCUUGUGUUGGUUUGAAAUUGUGUAAAUUUUGA